AUGCAACCCCCGGUGUCCUUGAAGUAUUACAUCAACUCGACUUCUAGGAUCCCGCUCAUGCUGAUUCUAAUGGGCCUGAUCAUCGAGCCAAUGACCUUUCCCAACCAAGUCAACCGGAACGGCCAAGGCCUGGGCUCCUUCUCCUCCCAGCUCACCGGCGCCUGUCAGCCGGUCUUCUACAGCUUGAACCAGACCGUCGGCGGCGGCCUCCAUUGUGAAACUCCGAGUAAGAAGUAUGAAUCAAUAAGAUUUUUUGAUUUCUGCAGAUCAAUCGCAGAGAUUUGUUGA